AUGUCUAACAACGACCAGGCCUCCACCAACUACAAAGAGGCGUUCUCGCUCUUCGACAAGCGCGGUUCCGGCCGCGUCGCCCUGUCCUCGCUCGGCGACCUCCUGCGCGCAUGCGGGCAGAAUCCGACGCUGGCGGAGAUUGGCGAUUUGGAGAAGACCUUGGGUGGUGACUUCGACUUUGACUCGUUUUCCAAAGUGCUCAACCGCCCCGGCGGCUUCCGCGACCCCGGCGAGCCCGAAGAAUACUGUCGCGGAUUCCAGGUGUUUGACAAGGAUCUGACUGGGUUUAUUGGUGUGGGACAGCUGCGCUACAUCCUCACGAAUCUGGGCGAGAAAAUGUCCGACGACGAGGUCGACGAGCUGCUCAAGUCGGUCGACACCAGCUCUGGCGAGAUCAACUACACUGAUUUGGUCCGCACUAUCCUUGCAAACUAG